CUUAUGGAAAGGCCUGAUAUUGUAGCUUGGAGAUACAGAUACUUAACUAUUUUGAAACAACAUCGCGAUGAAGGUAGGCCUGUUGUAUUCUUGGACGAGACUUAUAUUCACGCGUCUUACACAGUGAAUAAAUGCUGGCAAAUAGAAAAUGAAGGUGUCCUAAAAAACGAUUCUGCUGGUGCACGAUGGAUAAUUGUUCAUGCGGGUGGUGAAAUGGGGUUUAUACCAAAUGCUUUAUUAAUUUUUAAAUCCCAGUCGAAAUCAGGUGACUACCAUGAUGACAUGAACAAAACAAAUUUCAUGAAAUGGCUUCAGGAAAAACUAAUUCCUAACUUGCCGGCUAAUAGUUUAGUGGUUAUGGAUAAUGCCCCUUAUCACACGGUAAAGUUAAACAAGGCACCAACAUUAAGCUCUACCAAAGCAGAAAUGCAAAACUGGAUCAUAAAUAAGGGGUUAUCGUAUCUGCCUACAAUGGUAAAAGCUCAACUUUAUAAAAUUAUAAAAGAACAUAAAGAAGCUCCAAUAUAUGAAGCCGAUCAAAUGCUUCAAGCUCAUGGCCACAAAGUAGCUAGAUUACCGCCGUAUCACUGCGAGUUAAACGCAAUUGAAUUUAUGUGGAGUCUUGUCAAAAGGCGAGUAGCAAAUAAAAACGUAGGACAAGAAACAAACAAUAUAGUUAAUUUAGCUGAAGAAGCUUUUCAAAGUAUCACUGCAGAAGACUGGCAAAAACAAUGCGAACAUGUGCGCCACAUUGAAGACAAGCUUCGUGAAAGAGAUGUGUGUAUGGACGCUGAAAUGGACAGGUUCAUAAUAGAAUUAAAUAAUGAGUCUGAUACAGAAUCUGACAGCAGUUCCGAAGAUUCAUCUGAUAGUGAUUAUUCAUCAUUGGCAAUCCACAUGGAUCAUGCUUAUUCAAAAUAAAAAAUAUAUUUAUAAUUCAAA